UCCACGAAUUUCAACCACCGCUGACACGAAUUCUGGAUGUUGAGUUUGGUUUGUGCAUCGUUUGCGAUAAAUUUAUUGGGAUUUCUUUACGUUUUCACUGAAAGGAAGGAGCGAAAUGGGAGCUGUGCAGGCGAGAAAGAUGGAUUCAGAGGAUAAGAAAGAAUUCCCUGAGGAAGAAAGUGAAGCUUCCAGUCUUCUGUACUCUCCAGCAGUUGUCCAGCGUGUUCAUAUUGAAGGACUUAAAAAGACCAAAGCAGACUUUGUUACAAAACAAGUGAAAAAGAUUUUUGAGGCAACAACAUUUGGCGAGGCACUUGCAUAUACUUAUGAAGCAAGAGAAAACCUUCAAAAUCUGGAAAUUUUCAAGGAUAUCGAUAUUUUCAUUGAUACUAGCUCUGGUCCAAAGGCCCACCCCGACGGGUUAGACAUCACAUUUACUAUUGAAGAGAAGAAACUGCUGACCUCAAACAUCGGUACUCAAGUUGGCAAUAAUGAAGGCACAAUGGUGUUUGGGUUGAAAAUGAAUAAUCUCAUGGGUAGAGGAGAGAAUGUCAAUGCAGAUGUUGGAUUUGGAACAAGGACCAAGACGAACUACCAGCUUGGAUUCACCAAGCCAUUCCAUGGAAAAUCAGUGAAAAGUUUUCGUGUGGUGGCACAUAAGACAGCCACAGAGUUCCCCAUGAGUUCCUUCAAAGAGGCUUCCCAAGGAGUGGACUGCCAGUACAAUUUCUCAAGCCUGAUCGGAAAGCACUCCAUUGGCUGGGAGGGAACAUGGCGAGAGAUCACUGGCCUGUCGAAGAAGACUUCGUUUACUGUCAGAGAACAAGCUGGCCAUUCGCUCAAAAGCUCACUUCUGCACACCUUAGUAUCAGACAGCAGGGACAGCAUCGCUUUCCCCACAGAAGGCAGCCUACUAAGAAUAUCACAGGAGGUCGCAGGUCUAGGUGGAGAUGUGCGGUUCAUUAAACACAAUGUCGAGCUGCAAGAGAGUUUAGAGGUGGCACAGGAUGUGGUGAUGUCCUGGUCUCUGCAAGCUGGCAUUCUCAACACAUUACCUAACGAACAGUCCAAAAUCAAUGACAGAUUCUUUCUUGGUGGUCCGCUAUCAGUGCGAGGAUUCCAGAUGAAGGGCCUGGGGCCUAGAAGUGAAGGUGAUAGUCUCGGCGGCGACGCCUAUUGGGCGGCAGGCCUACACCUCUACACGCCCCUCCCGUUCCGUCCUGGUGAGGGCAGCUUCGGUGAUCACAUCAAGACUCACGGUUUUAUUAACGCCGGCAACUUGACCCAGCUCAAUUGUACUCUUCCAUGGAGAGAGAGGCUAGAUCCCCUAAGAUCAGGGGUGCGGUGGUCGUACGGCUUUGGGCUCGUGUUCAUCUUGGGCGUUGCUCGUGUUGAGGUCAACUACUGCCUACCUAAAGGGGUGCAUUCUGACGACGGCGUAAACCACGGUUUACAAGUGGGAAUUGGUAUGAACUUCCUGUGAGAGAACCAGAUCGAGAUGGAAAUGGAGCAGUUCCCCGCUAUGCCAAGUACAACAAUCUUAAAAAUCUAUCAUUAUGUACAAUGCAUAUGGGUAGGGCGUAUAAAAUAGUUAAAAGAUAAAGAUACAACGAGCAUGUUGUCUGGGUUUUUUUUUAGGUAUCUUCACGGAAAUGCUGAGAUAUCCCAUGCCAUGACGCCGGUGUUGUUAAAAAAAAACAUCCAAAUGUCCGCGUGUAUAAUACAACCAAUAAAUGCCCAUAGCUGGA